CGAAGCAAGCCUUGAGGGAGAGGGAAGGGGUUGCAUUGCAGACAGCUUUGCGGCGGUACAAUGGCUGCCCGCUGCGGCUUCUUCCCAUUGGCAAGGCUGCUCCUCCUGGUGGUUCUUCUUGGCGCCGUCCUUCACGGCGGUGGUGCGGUGGCCAGGCCGCUGCUGGGCAUCGCCGAGCCGCCGGCCUCGCCGGGCGCCGCGGCGGCGGGACCGGCGGGAGACGCUGCGCAGGCCGGGGCAGGCGGCGGGCCCGACCGUUCCGAGGCCGGCGGGGAGGUGAUCCUCGCCGGGUUCGCGGCCGCGUUGAUCGUCGUUAUCGUCUGCUACAUCAGGGUCACCAGGGAGAACCGCAGCAGUGGAGUCGGAGAGAAGCAGGGAAGAUUAGGAGGGUUCUAAUGGACAGAUGAACAUCUUAACUCGAUCGCCAAAAAAAAGAUGGAUAGAUGUAGUAGUAGUAGUAGCAGAAUUCAGAGAGACCUGUAAUUUGUAAAGAAGAGGGAUGAGAGGGUUGUUAUAGUUUAGUUUAGCAGUUGCUUCAGGUUUGUCAGUUCACUGAUCUCUGGUGUGUGGAUGUGUGUGUGUGUGCCCUGUACUGUACAUACCUGUUGAGACGUGGUGAGAUGUAGGAAGAGGAAGAUCAGAGGAAGCAUCACGUUUGGUGAAUUCUUUGAAGUUAAUUGCCUGCCAUUAUUUCUGGGAGAAAUCCGCAACAAAAUUUGAUUUGCUC